AUGCCCCUGCAGUUUCUACUGUCCAGAGAUGGGGAAUGCUACAACCCCUACAUGAAAAGCACCAGCUCCUUAGCUCAGUUCUCAGGUCUCCUAGCCAGUUCCUUUUCUGAAAGUGGAAUGAAGAAUCAGAAUAAUUUGCAACAAAGGCGAGAAAAGGAGCUUCGGAAGCAGCAGGAGAGGGAACAGCGCCGGCACUAUGAAGAGCAGAUGCGCCGGGAGGAGGAGAGGAGGCGCGCAGAGCAUGAGCAGGAAUACAUCAGGCGACAGUUAGAGGAAGAGCAAAGACAGUUAGAGAUCUUGCAGCAGCAGCUACUGCAUGAACAAGCUCUACUUCUGGAAUAUAAGCGCAAACAGCUGGAGGAGCAGAGACAAGCAGAAAGACUGCAGAGGCAGCUGAAGCAAGAGAGAGACUACCUGGUUUCCCUCCAACAUCAGCGGCAGGAGCAGAGGCCCUUGGAGAAGAAGCCGCUGUACCAUUACAAGGAGGGCAUGAGUCCCAGUGAGAAGCCUGCAUGGGCCAAAGAGGUAGAAGAACGAUCAAGACUCAACCGACAGAGUUCACCUGCCAUGCCUCACAAGGUUGCCAACAGGAUCUCUGACCCCAACCUGCCCCCAAGAUCAGAGUCCUUCAGCAUUAGUGGGGUUCAGCCUGCUCGGACACCCCCGAUGCUCAGACCUGUUGAUCCCCAGAUCCCGCAGCUGGUCGCUGUGAAAUCCCAGGGACCAGCCCUGACUGCCUCCCAGUCGGUGCACGAGCAACCCACAAAGGGCCUGUCUGGCUUCCAGGAGGCUCUGAAUGUGACCUCUCACCGGGUAGAGAUGCCACGCCAGAACUCGGAUCCCACCUCGGAAAACCCUCCUCUCCCCACUCGCAUUGAGAAGUUUGACCGAAGCUCUUGGUUACGACAGGAAGAAGACAUUCCACCAAAGGUGCCUCAAAGAACAACUUCUAUAUCCCCAGCACUAGCCAGAAAGAAUUCCCCUGGGAAUGGCAGUGCUCUGGGCCCUAGACUUGGAUCUCAACCUAUCAGAGCAAGCAACCCUGAUCUCCGCAGAACAGAGCCCGUCCUGGAGAGCCCCUUGCAGAGGACCAGCAGUGGCAGUUCCUCCAGCUCCAGCACUCCCAGCUCCCAACCCAGCUCCCAAGGAGGCUCUCAGCCUGGGUCACAAGCCGGAUCCAGCGAGCGAACCAGAGUUCGGGCCAACAGUAAGUCAGAAGGAUCGCCUGUGCUGUCCCAUGAGCCUUCCAAGGUGAAACCAGAAGAAUCCAGAGACAUCACGCGGCCCAGUAGGCCAGCUAGCUAUAAGAAAGCUAUAGAUGAGGAUCUGACGGCAUUAGCCAAAGAAUUAAGAGAACUCCGGAUUGAAGAAACAAAUCGCCCACUGAAGAAAGUGACGGAUUACUCUUCCUCCAGUGAGGAGUCGGAGAGUAGCGAGGAAGAAGAGGAAGAUGGCGAGAGUGAGACACAUGAUGGGACAGUGGCUGUCAGUGACAUCCCCAGACUAAUACCUACAGGUGCUCCAGGAAGCAAUGAGCAGUACAACAUGGGAAUGGUAGGGACGCACGGGCUGGAGGCUCCUCAUGCGGACACCUUCGGCAGCAGUAUUUCAAGAGAAGGAACCUUGAUGAUCAGAGAGACAACUGAAGAGAAGAAACGAUCUGGCCACACUGACAGCAAUGGCUUCGCCGGUCACAUCAAUCUCCCAGACCUUGUGCAGCAGAGCCACUCGCCAGCUGGGACUCCCACCGAGGGACUGGGGCGUGUCUCCACCCACCCCCAGGAGAUGGACACGGGGGCUGAAUAUGGCAUGGGAAGCAGCACCAAAGCCUCCUUUACCCCCUUCGUGGACCCCAGAGUGUACCAGACAUCCCCCACUGAUGAAGAUGAAGAGGAUGACGAGUCAUCCGCUGCUGCUCUGUUUACUAGCGAACUUCUUAGGCAAGAACAGGCCAAACUCAAUGAAGCAAGGAAGAUUUCAGUGGUAAAUGUGAACCCAACAAACAUUCGCCCUCAUAGUGACACACCAGAAAUCAGAAAAUACAAGAAACGCUUCAACUCAGAAAUACUUUGUGCAGCUCUGUGGGGUGUAAACCUUCUGGUGGGAACCGAAAACGGCCUGAUGCUUUUGGACAGAAGUGGCCAAGGCAAAGUCUACAACCUAAUCAACCGGAGGCGAUUUCAGCAGAUGGAUGUGCUGGAAGGACUAAAUGUUCUUGUGACGAUAUCAGGAAAGAAGAAUAAGCUCCGUGUUUACUAUCUUUCAUGGUUAAGAAACAGAAUACUGCACAAUGACCCGGAAGUGGAAAAGAAGCAGGGCUGGGUCACCGUUGGGGACUUGGAAGGCUGCAUCCAUUACAAAGUUGUUAAAUAUGAAAGGAUCAAGUUCUUGGUGAUUGCCUUAAAGAAUGCAGUAGAGAUAUAUGCGUGGGCCCCUAAACCUUAUCACAAGUUCAUGGCAUUUAAGUCUUUUGCAGAUCUACAGCAUAAGCCUCUGCUUGUUGAUCUCACGGUAGAAGAAGGUCAAAGGUUAAAGGUCAUUUUUGGCUCACACACUGGUUUCCAUGUAAUUGAUGUUGAUUCUGGAAACUCCUAUGAUAUCUAUAUACCAUCCCAUAUUCAGGGCAAUAUCACUCCCCAUGCUAUUGUCAUCUUGCCUAAAACGGAUGGAAUGGAAAUGCUUGUGUGCUAUGAGGAUGAGGGGGUGUAUGUGAACACCUACGGCCGGAUCACUAAGGAUGUGGUGCUCCAAUGGGGAGAAAUGCCCACAUCUGUGGCCUACAUUCAUUCCAAUCAGAUAAUGGGCUGGGGCGAGAAAGCUAUUGAGAUCCGGUCAGUGGAAACAGGACAUUUGGAUGGAGUAUUUAUGCAUAAGCGAGCUCAAAGGUUAAAGUUUCUAUGUGAAAGAAAUGAUAAGGUAUUUUUUGCAUCCGUGCGAUCUGGAGGAAGUAGCCAAGUGUUUUUCAUGACCCUCAACAGAAAUUCCAUGAUGAACUGGUAACAGAAGAGCACUUGGCACUUAUCUUCAUGGCGUUAUUUCUAUUGUAAAAGAACAUAACUCAUGUGGACGUAUGCCAGUCUAGAGGCAGAAUCAGAAGGCCUGGUUGAACAUACCGCUUUCCCCGUUUCCUCUCCCUCCAUCUCUCCCAAUAUGGUCCUUCUUUCAGUGUUGCAGCCUGGUUGAGGAGGAGAGAAAGGUGGCAGGCGUGUCUGGGAGAUCCCGAGGAUGCUGCAUUGUCUGUGGACAGAGAUGGACUGUGUGCCCUUCGGGGUUAGGGAUAGAAACAAAUAUUGUGUGCUCUUAUGAUUAAGCUGUGUUUAUGCUGGCUCUUCAGUUCUCUUGGUUUGAAUUUUUUAACAUUUUUUUUCUUUACCACCUUACUUUGUAAGAAUGGGGAGAAAUGCGUACUGGGAAAUUAGUCUUUUUUAAAUUCUGUCUGCCUGCUAGCUUUAAGUAUAUGGUUUGUUGUAAAUUUUCCAAUUCCCAGUAGUGAGAGACAGCACAAUAAAUGUACCUUAUCUCCCUCCACUGAAGGCCAAAACCGCAGAGGCGGGUAAUUUAAGAAUUCUCUUGCCUUCACCAACCCAAGAGGCUGUUUUGUUUUGUUUUGUCUUUUUUAUUAUUAUUAUUAUUAUUGCUACUGACUAAUGAAUUUUUGAAAGAGAAGCAAAAUAGCUGGUUUUCUCCUCUCUGGGGAAAUAGAUUUUAAAUGGCUAAACUACUAGCCCUAAUCUAAUAAAAUCAACUACCACUUUUGUUGAGUCUGACAGGCCGUAUUUUGAUAUGGCCCUUUCUAGAAUGGAGGGUGUUGAAUGGUACAGGGAUGCCAUUGAGUUGAGUGGGCUUGUGAUUGGGGAGGGACUCUGGGAUGUAACUGUCCCUCGGUUAUUAUGCAACAGAUCAGGGCAAAAGAUGGGAUGACAGGUGGGUCACCCAGAAGGAGCUUCUGAGAAAUGAGCUAAUAUGUCUAUGUAAAUACACACACGUUCUUUCUUAAAGGCACAAAGCCUCCUUGCUAAGAGGUCCCUUCAGGCUUUGGUAAGACUGAGACUGACUGAGAUUUUUCUUGGAGCUUGGAUAACAUGACAGCCAAGCUCUGGAAACCCAGCCCCCUCCCAAGGGUGCCGCUUUCUCAAGAUAAAAACUGUGACAGGAAAGAAUUGCUAAUAAAUGUUUCUGAGCUGCCUGUGUUUUCACUGGGUCAAGUGACUAGACUCAUAAGCCUGCCACAGACACAGCAGGCACCAACAGCUCAGAUUUUAGGGAAACUGAAGGCAAGGCUUUGGCCAAAAUUCUGAGACCCUAAUCACAUUAUGUUCCUCCAAACUUCCCAACAUACUGUUAACAGCAUCUGUGCAGAGAUGUGUAUGUAUUUAGUUCAGGUUGACUUGUGUCCUUAUUAAAAAAAAAAAACAAACAUAAAAAAAAACAAAAAACAAAAACAAAAACAAAAAAAAAAACAACCCUUACUCGAAUGAUUUGAACCUUUAUGUGACUGACUGGGAUAUUUCCCAGAGCUAUAAGCAUGGCCGCCUACGGUAUCCAGGUGUUGCAAAACGGUAUCUGUGCUGUGCUUCCUGUUUUAACCUACCUCGUUUUGUUUGUUUUUGUUUCUCUGUUCAUCACAGCGGUGUUAUAUCCAGGAGACAUAUAGAGAGCUCAACUGGCAAUCUCAGCUGUAUUGAAUAUUUUCAAAACAGUAGUUGACCAAAUUGUUCUUUAAAAUUGGAGGGAGAAAAAAAAUCUCCAAUGACAAAAAUCUAAUGCAGUUUGUUUUUAAAGAAUGCAAUUACUGUAAAUGGAUCAAAAAAAGAAAGACAGAAACUGUGAUUCUACUGAUUUUUGCCUAAACAAAUGAGCAGCUUAUGUACUAUAAAUGAGAACGAAACACAUGGUAGGAAAAUGGUACUUUUUUAAUCUGGUGGUUUGGCCAAAGGGGAUGAGAAAGGGAAAGUAUUCUGAGCUCUGGACUAGGUGAUUCUGUAACCCCUGAAGGUGAUUGUUGUUUGCAGUUAUCUGACGAAGGUAACACGCAGGGAUGCAAUGAGGGUGGUCUUCAGGCGAUCACCACGGUGUGCCCAUCACGGUCCCUCUAGCUCUCAAAAGCAAUGAAAUCCUCCCGUUCUCAUUUUUACUGCUGGGGUUAUGCUGCCAGACAACACUGUCUUCUUCAAAUUCCAUGGGACAAAUUCAGCAAUAGCUCUGGGUUGAAUUCAGCAACUACUGUAAUUGGAUGCUGACGUGGACAAAAAUAAUACGAAUGUGUCUCCAAAUGUGAUUGCCACCAGGCUCUUUAUAUUGCUGCUGUGAUAGUUCGAACCAGAGGCUUCCUUAAAUUAUGUUGCAAACUGAUCUUUGUUUUUAUGUUUUGUUUUGUUUUGUUCUUAUUUCUAAGCGAUACAUCUAAAACACACAGCUUUAAAUGAUUUUUUUAUUGUGGGACUUUGGGUACAGUUAAGAAAUAAAAGGGAAUCAUUGUGUUUAAACAUAAGGUAGUUUGUGAAUGUAUUUUUUAAAAUCUAGAUUCAUUGGAACAAAAAAAUCAUAAGAAAACAUACUAAUGCCGUCUUGUUUACAGUAUGUACAGUGACAUAACAUGACAUGAGCUUUUUCUGGUGCCAACAAAAUAAAACACAGACGUUAAACAUCAA